AUACCUUGCAGCUCAGCGUGCAUGAACUGAAGUUUUCGUCUCAUCAUCAAAGAAGUCAUCCCACAAUUUCACAAUCGAGAAAUCCUAAACACAAAACAAAGAAAGCAAUCAUAACAACAUACCUACCAACCAAACUAAAUCUUUACAGCCUUCUCAUACAGUACACUACAGUUCAGCAAACACCAUGACCCACAGCACCAAUAACAACACUAUGAACACCAACGCUUUGUCUUGCCGUGCUGCCGAAGCAAGCAUGGACCGCUUUGAGAUUCCAUCUGCCAUUCCCCUCACAUCCCUGCAGCUCGCGUUCGUAUCUCGUCAGACACCACCCAGUGCUGCUGUCGACAAUGGACGAGGAUUCGUGCAUCAGCCCCGAGGAUUGGACUCCAUACAUGCCAUCUUGAACGAGGCCAUGGCCAUGCUGGACGACGACGACGACUUGUGCUGGGAGGGCCAAGGCAGCGCAGUUCAGAAUACUAGCUCCUCUCUUCCUCACAGCUUCUCGCAUCGCUGAGGAGUGGCUGCGGAUUGAAAGACUCUUCAGUCAGGCAGGGGGUCAAAGAAGCAAAGAAACGAAAGCAAAAAGCAACCAUGCUGAUGGCUGGACAAGACAAGACCAGCCAGCCAAAGGAGCACAGACCACAUUCAGUACAUUGUCAUGUAUCAAUACUAUUGCAUAAUUUUUAAUAAGCCACCUAGCUUAGCUGAG